ACGCUAGAAAAACUGGAGGAGAUUGUGUCCACGGAUGCAAAGCAGCGAUAUACUCUUCGAUGGAAUCCAGAUUGCGGCGUCCACGAAAUUCGCGCCAAUCAAGGACACUCGCUUUCAGUGGUAGAGGGAGAAGCCGGCGGACUGGACAGGAUUACCCAUAUUGGACAGGUCCCUCUGGCAGUCCACGGCACCUACUACCGCCAUUGGGAUGCGAUAAAGAGGCAAGGUCUGAGUAGGAUGAAGCGCAACCAUGUGCACUUUGCCAGCAGCGAUGAUACGACCUGCACCCUCAGUGGAUUCCGCAACGAUUGUCAGAUUUUGAUAUAUCUUAAUGUAGAUAAGAUUCUAGCGGAUGGCAUUCCCAUCUACCGCUCCAGCAAUAAUGUACUGCUCUGCCCAGGAAUCAAUGGCUUUAUACCCAAAUCCUAUUUCUUAAGGGUGGGGGACAGGAAAACGGGGCAGGCACUUACUUUCUGAACAUUGUUGUUGAAUAAACCUGGCCGUCAAGCAUUAAUUUAAACGUGUUCUUGCAGAAAUGCCGGCUCCUGCCUCGGAAAUUACCCCUCCGCCUGGGGAUGUUGGCGAUAAUAUGGUGCUGUGCAUGGUCUGCGCCGCGCCCUUCCAGAACAUGCAGGAUUGCCUGGCCCACGAGCUGCUAAAGCAUGCAAGCAAGCCUCAGAAACAAAUGCGACAGCGACUGAACGCCAUAACCAAACUGUUCACCAGCGCACAAGCACAAUCCGAGCGGAAUGAGCUGCGGGAGGCGCUUGAAAAGUCGGCACCCGGUGGCCACCUGCGCACGGUAUUGGAUUUCUUUGCCAGUGAUCUUCGAAAGAUGGAGGCCUGCUUCGGCCACGUGCGUAACUGCAUAGAGAAGGAAAUGAGAGGCAGGGUUAGGGUUUUUCCCUUUGGUUCACUGGUCACAGGACUGGCCUUGAAGGAAAGCGACAUAGAUUUGUAUCUACAGCCCUGCGGAGAGCAGCCACCCAUGUUCCACAAGCAGCUGUACAACAAGGUCUCAUACUUUUUACGGCGAUCCAAAUGCUUCGAGGAUAUCUGCACCAUUCGUCAUGCCCGUGUACCCAUUAUCCGAUGCAAGCAUCAGCUUACCGGACUUAACAUAGACAUCAAUAUGUCCAAUCCGAAUAGCACAUAUAACUCGCGAUUUAUAGGCGAACUAAUGUUCCGCGAUGAGCGGGUCCGCGAGCUUGGCCUGUUCCUGAAGAUCUGGGCUAGGAAGCUCAAAUUGAUUGGCCACGGCAGCAUGACUAGCUAUUGCCUAGUUACCUUGAUCAUCGUUAACUUGCAAGUGCAUCAACUGCUGCCCUCUGUCAAGCAGCUGCAGUCGCUCUGCCCACCUGUUAAUAUGUGUGGCGUUAACUAUGCCUAUAGUUUGGACCUAACGCCACCGGUUUCAGCUCGAUUGACCACGCUGGAGCUUUUAAAAAAUUUCUUUGUAUACUACAGUACUGUCAACUUUGAGAAGAGCAUUUUAAGUCCGUUUUUGGGCAGCUGCCUCGACAAGGAGAUAACACUGGGUACGCCUGGCGGAUUUCCAGAGUACGACGAGCAGAUGCAGCUCAUGCAGGAUGCGACAGGUGAGCCCCCGGAGGCUUUUCAGCUGGAUCGGGCCAUGUGCGUACAGGAUCCCUUCGAGUUGCAGCAUAACGUGGCCAAGUCAGUGUCCCAAUCGAAUCUCUGCUAUAUCAGGCAAUGCAUAAUUCUGGCAGCUCAAGCAUGCAGCGAUCAGGAACUAACUUCGCAGCCAGAGAAGCUAUAUGACUACUUAUUAUUUGGCUUGGCGGACAAGCUCGUGGCUGACAGGUUAGUGGCGGACAAAAAAGCGGAGAAGGCCACUCCUCGAAAGCAACAAAAAAUAGAAGUUGUCCAGACGCAACCGCCAGUCUGUGAGCCGAAAGAAACCAACAUCGAAAUGGCCGGCAUAUAUAAUGCGCCGCCAAUCGUUCGAUCGCACGUGAUCACGCCCACCACAAACGAUCUCAAAUGCUUACGCUCUGUUGUUCUGAGCCGCAAUAAAAUAGAUGAGAGUCGACCGAUAUACUACUACUGGUUGGCCUGCUAUGUGGACACCAUUAAGGACGUGCUUACACAGCUCUAUGCUUUGAAUAUCGAGCUGAAGGAGUCAGAGGAACCGGGAUACUACAAGUGGCUCAUCAGCAUCUCCUACGACACUUACUCCGGACGCUCUUUCCAACGUGGAGCGGGUCAAUCAUUCUUUGCCCACCAGCUGCAGCAAACAAUCGAGUUUUCAAAAACCCGAGUGGGCAAUCCACAAUAUGCGGUCAAUCUGCGCGGCUACUUCUCGUUGCUGGCCAGUGAGGAUUACAAGGAGCUGCGCCUGGAUGUACAGCCACUACCCGGAGAUCUCCUUGGACUGCAGCGCAAUAGUCCGCUGACUAAGCUUUUCAAGGCGUUCAAAAAUCUGCUGGGCAACUACAGCUUCAAAGAGAAAGCCAGUACCUGGGAGUUCUGCGCCAAAUCUGACCAAAACUGACUUCUUUACACUACUGAGUAAUCUCUUUUAUGUACAUACCUUUCGAUUUCAAUACCAAAUUAAUUAGACGCUUCAAUUACUCGACCUUUUUUUUCUAACAGAAUUAUAAUUUGAAGUUAUAAUAUCAUUAUAAGUUAAACACAAAUACUAAAUCAUAAGUGUAACAUUUAGUAGUUAAGCGACUAACUAUAUAAGUAAAUAUGACUUAACUAAU